UGUUUCAGACCAACCAGAAAAAAGAGCCAUACAGAAUAACACUGCCUCCAUAAUUUCAGGUGUGCAUUUUCAAUUGUUUAUGUAAGGAUUUACUAGAUCUCCAAGAACAUACCAAAUUACGUACAUAAGAAAACAGGUUCAGUCCAGGCUUGAUGUGCUUUGUGUGUCUUGAGCAUAGACUAGGUUUUCCAUAAAACUGGGCCGUAGCACAAAUAAGGUUGGGCACCUCUGUUAUAGACCAUUUAUGAUGUAAAAAUAACAGCCUCACUCCCCCGGAUGGACUGUUUUGUGCCGCAGGACCCAUACAAUAUGGAGCGAGUCUUCUGGCUGCUGUCCAACAAAGAUGGAGCCUUAGUGAAGAAAAUGAUGGAAGAGUUUCAGCUCACACACGCACACACUCUGCCCGACAACCUCCGUAAGCAGCUGUGUGAGGUUUUAUCAUCUGGAAGCGUCUCAGAUGAAGGGAUCCUGGAGACCAUGAGGAGAUGCUGGGAGGAGAACAGAUACCUGUUGUGUCCUCACUCUGCCGUGGCGGUGUGGCAUCACUACAACUGUCCACACAGCCCUGCACUCAACAGGUGCUACGUUGCGACUGCGUCACCAGUUAAGUUUCAGGGGGCGAUGAACAGAGCGGGGCUGACUAUCGACCUGCCUGAGACGGUGAGGAUGUUGGACAAGUUAAAGAGCCGUUAUGAGAACCUGGAGCGGAGCCCAGACUGGUGCAAGAAGUGGGAGCAAAGACUGAGAUACAAAAUCCAGUCUUUUAGCUGAGCCAGAAGAAGCACAAUGUGACCUUAUGAUGGAACUAAUCUCAUCAUGCUGCUAAUUUAGUUUUGUUUAAAUUUAUAAUAAAUAAUGAAAAAAGUAAAUUACAUACUGUGGUACAAUGGAAAAAAAAGAAUUGUUUUGCUGCCUAACAGUUUUUCCCUCUAUUAAUGAGUAUUAAAAUAUUUAAAGUUUACCACAA